ACAGAAGACACACGGCAGAAUGAGUGUAAUGAUGACUGAUUAUUAACAUGUUCGACCCACUUAGUCGAAGAAAUUCGAAUAUUUCUUUAUAAAUGGGACGGAGGACAGCGAUACAAUGAAAAUAAUGCAGCAUCACGUCUCCGUUGGACGAGCCGCUGACUGCUUUUCGUGAUUCUCGUCAUAUGUCAAAACACCAUAAUGUCUGCCAGAUUUUUAAGAAACAUAAAUAAAACGGAUUAUGGCGAUAAAAAGUGAGUUACGGCACAUUUGAGCGCGGCAAUUUUUUACGAUGUCUGUUGAUAUCAUUCAAGAAAAUAAUGCUGCCUCGGAUAGCAAAGAUGAACGAGUCAAACAACCUACCACUCGAGGGGGGCUCAGGGUUUACAAGAUCGUUGUUUUGGGCGAUGGUGGAGUAGGGAAAUCAGCCGUAACUCUACAAUUCGUGAGUCACAGUUUUUUGGAAUACCAUGAUCCUACUAUAGAGGAUUCUUAUCAGAAACAAGCUGUUAUCGAUGGAGAAGCUGCGCUUUUGGAUAUAUUGGAUACUGCUGGCCAGGUGGAAUUUACGGCGAUGCGGGAUCAAUAUAUGAGAUGCGGUGAAGGCUUUAUGAUUUGUUAUUCUGUAACAGACAGACACAGUUUUCAAGAAGCCUUGGAGUACCGCAAAUUAAUUUGCCGAGUACGUGCCAACGAAGACACCCCAUUAGUCCUGGUUGGUAACAAAUUUGAUCUGCAGCAGCAACGUAAGGUGACAACCGAGGAAGGAAAAGUCCUCGCCAACCAGCUGGGUUGUCCAUUUUACGAGACAUCAGCAGCUCUCCGGCAGUUUAUCGACGAUGCUUUCUACUCUCUCGUGAGGCAAAUUCGCGUAAAAGAAAGAUCUCGUACCACAGUUCGUAAACACAGUCGUUGGUGGCGUUUAAGAUCAAUUUUUGCAUUUAUUUUUCGAAGGAAAAACAGGAACAACCAAAACAUUCAGUACUCGCCUUAAGGCGAUUGAAACGUCUCGGAUUUUAGUCAAAUCCAUAAUACUUCUACAAAAAUGCAUGGUUGAAUGUAAUAUUUGAACCAUAUAAUCUAAAGGCAAUUUUACUUGAAGGAGCAUAGCGAUUUUUUCUAAAAAUUUUCCUGUUUUUGUUUUGCUUUUAAUUGAAAUUUAAGUGUUUUUGCGCUUGCAAAAUGUAGCCCGACAUACAUUGUUAUCUGGUGCAUUGAAUUUUACAGGCACAAAAAAACACUUAAUUUUCAAUUACAAACAAAAAAUAAGAACAUUUUUCAAAACAUCGCUAUUCAGGGUGUCUACCCAACCUGGAAUUG